AUGAGCAAAGAAAGUGAUAGCUCGGCAGGGCUGGUGCGUGAUAUCGUCCAACUUAUCACUGAUGAGCCCAAGGCCACCAUUGGUAUUGCAUUUAUCAGUCUUUUUGUCAUCUUCGUCGUGGACUCACUCAGAGCGUGGCAUCGAUUAUCUCAUAUACCAGGGCCGUUUUUGGCAAGUUUCUCGAGACUAUGGUUACUGAGAGGAUCGAUGAGGGCACAACUGCCUAUGGAGAUACAAGCUGCUGUUGAAAAGCACGGUAUGGAUGAUAUCGCCCUGUCAUUUCAUUUCGACAUAGUUACUAAGUCACUUGAUGUAGGAUCCCUAGUUCGCAUUGGGCCCAAUGAGUUGGCAACAGACGACGCCAAGCUCCUCAGAAGAAUCCACUCCGGUCGUUCAUCUUAUACGAGAUCACCAUGGUUUGAGUCUAUGCGCUUUGAGCCAGGUAAAGACAACCUGUUUUCGAUGCGAGAUGAAGAAGCUCACAGGAAGCUGCGUAACAAAAUGGCAGCUGGUUACUCCGGAAAAGAAAACCCUUCCCUGGAACGCUCUGUCGACUCGGUGAUCGCCAGUUUUAUUACGCUUCUCGAAACAAAGUACUUGUCCACGGAAGAUGUAUACCGUCCGGUGGACUUUGCUCAGAAAGCCCAAUUUUUCACUCUCGACGUCAUCAGCGAUCUGGCCUUUGGACAACCUUUUGGAUAUUUGACAAAGGACGAAGACGUGUUUGACUUUCUCAAAAUUACAAGGGCUUACUUUCCGUUCACCGUUACCAUGGCGAAUCUACCAUGGAUGAUAUCACUGCUUCACUCUCGUUUGUUCAGUGGUCUUGUGCCAAAGGAUACUGACAAGGUUGGGUUUGGUGCCUUUAUCGGUGUUGCCAAUAAGAAGGUUGCAGAACGGUUUGCACCAGGCGCGGCUCCGCAUGCUGACAUGCUGGGGUCCUUUAUCAAGAACGGACUCAGCCAGGAACAGACGUCUCGAGAAUCACUACUGAAUGUCGUUGCUGGAAGUGAAACAACUUCCACUACCAUUCGCAUGAUAAUGGUAUGCCUUUUGACUAAUCCAGACGCGUACAGACGACUGCAACAGGAGAUCGAUGAUGCUGCCCGGGCUGGAACAAUUUCAGCACCUAUCACUGAUGCGGAAGCUCGCAACUUGCCUUUUCUUCAAGCCACCAUCCAAGAAGGACUCAGAAUCAAGGUCCCUGCAGCAGGACAGCUCUACAAGGCGGUCCCGGAAGAAGGUGACACUAUCAACGGCAUGUUCAUUCCCGGAGGUACUCAGAUCGGAAUAUCUCCCUUUGGAGUCUACCAUUCCAAAAAGGUUUUCGGUCCGGAUGCAAGCGUCUUCCGACCAGAGCGAUGGCUAAAUGCCAACGCCGAACAAUUAGAGGCAAUGAUUGAGAAUGUUGGACUUGUUUUCUCAAGUGGAAAGUGGCAAUGUCUGGGCAAGCCUGUUGCAAUCAUGGAGUUGAAUAAAAUAUUUGUUGAACUGUUACGACGGUUCAACUUUAGCAUCGUCAACCCUGAGAAGCCUCUUGAUAUCUUCAACGCUGGUGUUUGGAUCAUUGAAAAUUUCCACGUACGCGUCACGCGUCGCGAGAUUUAG